GGCGUAGAGCUAGCCAAAGCACCUCAAGACCUGACUGUCUUACAGCAACUUCUAUGGGACCUUAAGCCUGCCACUAUAUUUGAGAUAGGAUCGUACGCUGCAGGUAGUGCUCUGUGGGUCUCAGAUGUUAUGAAGAUGUACGGCUUCAAAACCCAUAUCUACUCUUUGGAUAUCGACUUGUGCUUAGUUAGGGAAUUGGCGAAGGGAGAUGAAAACAUAUCUUUCAUUGAGGGCAAUGCCAGUGAGAUUCAGAACGCUUUUUCUGACCGUCUUCUCAAGGUAAACAACACCAAAAUCUAUUUGUAUGUUUCAUGUUGGCGCGAUCACAAACUGUCAAUAUUUUUGACAAGUUCUUACUUAGCGGUGACUGUUUGUGUAGAAGACGCAACACCUCACUGUGCAACUGAUACUGGAAUGGGUUUACUUGAGGAUAUGGGUUAUGAAACUUGGGGAGAUGUAAAGCUCAAUGCUAUGAAAGAGUUUAUUUCCAAGCACUCUAAUCGAUACAUGGUAGAUACGUACUACAAUGACUUUUUUGGGUAAGUGCUUCUCUAAAUUUCUUUCAUUUUCAGAACAGAAUGGUUUUGUCUACGGUCUCUUUUUCCUUGAAUCAAGCAUUCAACCAACCAACCAACCAACUUUUCAA